UUUGCUCAUAUCUUUCUUUUGCUUGUACUCCUUUCUCGUGUUGUGACUUUUAUCAACGCGAUUUUGCAGAGCUUCCGCGUUGAAACCGUCCUUCCAAUCCAACCCACUUAUAUUUUGUUCUAACUCUUCUCUUUUCUUCGUUCCUUCAAUUUCAUUUUUCUUCUUCUUCUCAAGGCCCAAUAUACUCUCAGUCACAAGAUCAUUGUUUCUUCAAGAGAGAGAGAGAGAGAGAGAGAAUGUUUGCUUCAAAGAAAUCCCCUUUGAGAGAUGCUAAACCUAGCUCUGUUGACCCUGUCUAUAACCCCUUUGAUACUGAUGAAGACACAAAACAUAAAAAGUAUAAUUCCUCUAAGAAGACUUUAACCAACACCAACCCCUUUGAUGAUGUUGUUGAUGCCAGUGCCCACUCUUCAUCAUCUUCAUAUGCCCUUUCAUCCGCCAAUCGAAGCAGGUAUAAAAAUGAUUUCCACGACUCUGGGGGAUUGGAGAGCCAAUCACUGGAGGAAUUGGAGAAUUAUGCUGUUUACAAGGCUGAAGAUACUACAAAGUCAGUGAACAAUUGUUUGAAAAUAGCAGAGGAAAUGAGAGAGGAUGCUACUAAGACUUUGGUGAUGCUGCACCAACAGGGCGAGCAGAUUACAAGGAGUCACCAUGUUGCUGUUGAUAUUGACCAUGAUUUAAGUCGGGGUGAAAAGCUAUUGGGAAGUCUUGGUGGCAUGUUCUCCAAAACUUGGAAGCCAAAGAAGACAGGCACAAUAAAUGGCCCUGUUAUUUUUGGAGACGAUCCGGUGAGAAGGAAGGGCAACCACUUGGAGCAAAGAGAGAAGUUAGGAUUGACUUCUGCCCCUAAAGGGCAGUCAAAGUCACGUACAACACUUCAUGAUCCAACAAAUACACUUGAAAAAGUUGAGGUUGAAAAAGGUAAGCAAGAUGAUGCACUGUCGGAUUUAAGUGAUCUCUUGGGAGAACUGAAAGACAUGGCCACUGACAUGGGAUCUGAAAUUGAGAGGCAAAACAAAGCCUUGGGCGGUUUUGAUGAAGAUAUGGAGAAGUUGAACAUUCGCAUGAAUGGUGCUAAUCAACGUGGUCGUCGUUUACUUGGAAAAUAGGAGUAUAUAUAUCAUGACAUUGUUUCCAACUUUGCCUAUUUUCUUCCUCCUUGGCACCUCUACUUUUCAUCAUUCAAUUAAAGGAGCUUCGAACGCUGUAGGAAACUCUAGUUUCAAAUAUUGUAUUGUUCACUCCGCUUGUGAAAAACUUCUCUGAAAUAUAGCAUUCAUUAAGAUAAUUCAUGGUUCA